AGGCAGACUCCAGAGCCGCACAUACACAGCCACUCCACUGCUAAAAGAGCUCACCGCGACCAUGAUAGCCCCAACUUUUCAUCGAGGAUAAAUUGACAAGCUUUGCAUUACUAUUAUUUUGAAAUCUGUCAAACAUCAAUACAUUUUAUCAAUCUGUUGACGUUCUUACAUCAACACCUCAACCAUUCAUCAUGGGUUGCUUCGGUUCCAAACCCAAACCCGACCCAUCACCCGCGACAGCCAACACGUAUGCUCAGCCUGCUCAACCUGCUCAGGAAAAACAGAAUGAGCCGACACCAGAUCCAAAGCCAAAAACCGCGGACAGCCAUGAAGCAUCUUCCACCGAGAAAUGGAAGGAGGAACAAGCUGUAGCAGCAGCAAAGUCGCUCGACCGAUACCCUGCGCCACAAAAGUCGAGCUAUAACUCGACAAAAAAGAAAUCUACAACAACGACUUCCCGAGGGCCAGCUGGAUCGAGCUACAAUGCCAACACAACAACAACAUAUGUAUCUUCAUACUCUGGUGGAGACUCUGGUGGUGACAGCGGUUGUGGUGGAGGAGAUAGUGGGGGUGGUGGAGGAGAUGGAGGCGGCGGUGGUGGAGGAUGUGACUAGAAAUAAAGUGUGUUCGCCGAUAGGGUCUAACUAGAACAUGGCUCAAUUUUGUAUGUUAGCCAUGUCGAGGUAUGUAGGAUAUGGCUCGCCAUUUUCCUCGCAAUCGCAGCAGUGAAGGCCUCUUCGGCUUACUAUUACGUGCAUUGCGUACCUGUGAACGGGAGUUGAGGAGGAGUA